GCGAACGUUUUUAAUUUUCUUGUAUACACAAAGGUUCGCUUUUUAAACUACUUUUUUGAACACUUAUUUCUACGUUUUUAUUCAUUGAUUUCUACAAUAAUUUUAACAACAUGCGUUCAUCAGAAGUUUCAUUGACACCAAAAAUGGAUAACGAAGGCAGAAGAGCGUCAUUAAGUAUUGUUAUCGAUGAUUUUGACUCCAAAAAUGCCAACGACAAAGAAGAAAGGUUAAGCCCCGAGGUCAGCAAUAAUACGUCCUGUCCUAAAACCUACACUAGAAAAAAUUCAGAUGCUUCCAUUAAAAAAAUACUGGAAGAAGCGGAGAACCGAAAACACGAAUUCUGGAAACUGAUCGACGAACACAACGCAGUAGUCGAAGACAUAAAAAGAAUAGAAAAACUAGAAGGGACAUCAGUAUGUAAAGUGGCAACUUCACCUAUUAAAAUAUAGGACAAACAGACAUUUAAGUGCUAAAAAUUAAAAAAGCAAUAUUAUAACAACAUUCUAUAGGAAACACAUAUUAUUUAACAUAUCAACAGUGAAUUAUAAUAGUGUUAUUUUUAGUUAGCCAAAAGUAAGCACUCGUACCAUUAGAAAACAUAUUUUGCAAAAGCUUUUAGGAUUAAAUUUAAUGCUGUAAAAAUUGAAUUUCCAGAUGUAAUAUUUUAUGUAGAUUAAGUGUUCAGCCAUAAAUUAUGACAGUAUUAUGAUUAAUCUCUCUUAAAAUCUAGUCUAUUAAAUAGAGUUAAAAAAGGUCAGUGCUAUUAUUUAUUUUCUUGAUUCUGUAAAACUAAUUUGUACUUAAGAUUUCAAAGCCAAUUUUAUGUUUACGAUCAAGAGGGCUUACAAAAGAGCGUCUCGCCUCAAUGGUCUUCAAGCACUCUAUGUUAGAAAAUGUUUUAUUAGGUUUUUUAUUUUUAUUCUUUGAGUUGUAUCAUUUUAUUAAUGCUGUAAAGGUGCUGUAAUAAGCAUUUCAAGUAAGACUGUAAUGAAUCAAUUGUAUAGUUAAAAAUAAAAACUCAACCUAUGUAUUAGAUGAACCAUUAAGGUAUUUUAUUUAGGAUGAACUAUUUGUAUUAUUAGAUUUAUAACAAAGUAAAUAAUAAAAAAGUAUAUUUGUAA